AUGCCAUCCAGUGGAUUACAGAUUUUCAACGCGGUCAAUAGGCCGCCCGAAACCCCGACGUGUGCCAAAUCAAGAGGGAUAACUCUAGCGUUCCUAUCCACGAGCGGCCAGCCAGGGGACGCAAACAUUGUCGUGCGCGUGUUCACAGAGACUCAAGACUCCGCCUACUUCACCGCGGAUGCCAAGAGGACGGUCAUGUGGGUGGUGGUGGGGGUGGUCAUAUCCCUAGGGGUCAUCUCGGCCGCGCUCCUUGUGAUGUUCGUCUUUUGCUGCUGCCGGAAGCGGCCGUUAAAACACGUGGGGCAGCUACACCGGGAUCCAUUUCCGAUUGAUGCUGAACAUCCAAUGACAGACAUCAAUGCAGAAGAAGUAUUCGCAGAACAAAUUGAAUCUAGAAGCCAACCCGAAGAGUUGCCUAGGGACACAACGUAUGAAAUCACGAACACUGAGGAAGAAUUGGGCGCAAUCGGAGGAGAAAGUAUCGAGUUCGAGACUCUUAGCGUAAAUGCGUCACAAAUUGUACACACUCUGGAUUAUGAAAAUGCUAGCUUUGCAAUAGAAAGUGAAACGUAGAUUUGAUUUCGAACAUUUUUAUGCAACACUCGGAUUAUUUGCAUGCUUCUUCUUUAAAAGCAUUAACGCCUUUAUUGUUGACAUUCAACUCAUAUUUUUGUGUAGUUGAUAUUGGGAUGACACGCUAAUGUUGCAAAAGCCGAGACUCGACCAAUGCACUGAAGAACCAGUCUGACAUGUCCAGGGGUGUUUCAGUGUACUUUGUUUAUGGAAUGACAUGCAGAAAUAUAACCCAUUUAUUACUAGUAGACUCUCCCAUCCUUCUAAAUUGGAUCGAUUUAUUUCCAAAAUUAGGGCUGUAUAGUAUAUUUAUUUCUAUAUUUAAAAUAUGUCUUACAGAAAUUCCUUUAAGAAAA